AUGCUGUAUACAAAAGUACAGCGCAAGAAAAGGCAAGUGGCGAUCUUCAUUUUAUUGAUGCUUUUGUGGGAGGUGGGUUCAGAAUCGAUUCAGUAUUCAGUACUGGAGGAGACAGAAAGUGGCACCUUUGUAGCCAACUUGACAAAGGACCUGGGACUCGGGGUGGGAGAGCUGGCCGCACGGGGCGCCCGGGUUGUUUUCAAGGGGAACAGACAGCAUUUGCGGCUUGACCCACAGACCCAUGAUUUGCUGCUAAAUGAAAAACUGGACCGGGAGGAGCUGUGCGGCUCCGCUGAGCCGUGUGUGCUUCCUUUCCAAGUGUUACUGGAAAAUCCUUUGCAGUUUUUUCAGGCUGCCUUGCGAGUCAGAGAUAUAAAUGACCACGCUCCAGAGUUCCCUUCUAGAGAAAUGAUCCUGAAAAUAUCAGAAGUGACUACGCCAGGAAAGAUAUUUCCUUUAAAAAUGGCAAACGAUUUAGACGUUGGCAGCAACAGCCUUCAGAGCUACACAAUCAGCUCCAAUCCUCACUUCCACGUCCUCACCCGCAAUCGCAGCGACGGCAGGAAGUUCCCGGAGCUGGUGCUGGACAAGGCUUUGGACCGCGAGGAGCAGCCUCAACUCAGGCUAACGCUCACCGCGCGGGAUGGCGGGUCUCCGCCCAGGUCAGGAACCGCAGAGAUUCAGAUCCAGGUUUUGGACAUCAAUGACAACGCCCCCGAGUUUGUUCAGGAGCAAUAUGAGGCACAAGUUCCUGAGAACAGCCCCUUAGGCUCUCUGGUUAUUACGGUCUCAGCCAGAGAUUUAGAUGCAGGAUCCUUUGGGGAGGUGUCCUAUGCCCUAUUUCAAAUCGAUGACGUUAACCAACCCUUCGAAAUAAACACAAUCACAGGAGAAAUUCGACUGAGAAAGGCUUUGGAUUUUGAGGAAUUUCAUUCUUAUCACGUGGAUAUCGAGGCCACAGAUGGUGGGGGCCUAACGGGAAAAUGCUCUUUAGUCCUCAAGGUCCUGGACGUGAAUGACAACGCCCCUGAACUGACCAUGUCAUCGCUCAUCAGCCCCAUCCCUGAAAACUUGCCAGAGAUUGUAGUGGCAGUUUUCAGUGUUUCAGAUGCAGAUUCCGGACAUAACCAACAGGUUAUUUGUUCUAUAGAUAACAGUCUCCCCUUUAUUCUGAGACCUUCGGUGGAGAAUUUUUACACUCUGGAAACAGAAGGCGCCCUAGACAGAGAAAGCAGAGCUGAGUACAACAUCACCAUCACGGUCACUGACCUGGGGACACCUAGACUGAAAACCCAACACAGCAUAAUGGUGCUGGUCUCCGACGUCAAUGACAACGCCCCCGCCUUCACCCAAACCUCCUACACCCUGUUCGUUCCAGAGAACAACAGCCCCGCCCUGCACAUCGGCAGCGUCAGCGCCACAGACAGGGACUCAGGCACCAACGCCCAGGUCACCUACUCGCUGCUGCCGCCCCAGGACCCGCACCUGCCCCUCGCCUCCCUGGUCUCCAUCAACGCGGACAACGGGCAGCUGUUCGCCCUGAGGUCGCUGGACUACGAGGCCCUGCGGGCGUUCGAGUUCCGCGUGGGCGCCACAGACCGAGGCGCCCCUGCGCUGAGCAGCGAGGCGCUGGUGCGCGUGGUGGUGGUGGACGACAACGACAACUCGCCCUUCGUGCUGUACCCGCUGCAGAAUGGCUCUGCGCCCUGCACCGAGCUGGUGCCCAGGGCGGCCGAGGCCGGCUACCUGGUGACCAAGGUGGUGGCGGUGGACGGCGACUCGGGCCAGAACGCCUGGCUGUCGUUCCAGCUGCUCAAGGCCACGGAGCCCGGGCUGUUCGCCGUGUGGGCGCACAACGGCGAGGUGCGCACCGCCAGGCCGCUGAGCGAGCGCGACGCGGCCAAGCACAGGCUGGUGGUGCUGGUGAAGGACAAUGGCGAGCGUCCGCUGUCUGCCAGCGUCACGCUGCACGUGCUCCUGGUGGAUGGCUUCUCCCAGCCCUCCCUGCCGCUCCCGGAAGCGGCCCCGGACCAGGCCCAGGCCGACUCGCUCACCGUCUACCUGGUCGUCGCCUUGGCGUCGGUGUCCUCGCUCUUCCUCUUCUCGGUGCUGCUGUUCGUGGCGGUGCGGCUGUGCAGGAGGGACAGGGCGGCCUCGGGGGGUCGCUUCUCGGUGCCUGAGGGCGGCUUUCCUGGCCACCUGGUGGAUCUCAGCGGCACCGGGACCCUGUCUCAGAAUUAUCAGUAUGAAGUUUACCUGGCAGGAAGCUCUGAGACGAGCCAGUUCAAGUUUCUUAAACCAAUAUUCCCCAACUUCUUGGAUGAAGGGGUUGGUGGGGACAUGUAA